AGUUGGCUUCAGAUGUUUGUAGAGGAAAUUUCGUUCUCCUAACCAUAUUUUUUUCUACUCUUCUUUAUCUUCAAAAAUGGCGUUCCUAUGCAGACGAGUUGUUCAGCUUUCUUGCAGAAAUUUUUCUAUUUCCUCAGUACAAUGCGCCAAGAAACUAAUGGGAGAUCCAAUGGAAUUGGCCACGGGAUUAGAGAAGCGUGAACUCUUAGCAGAACUCGCUGGAAAUGAUGAUCCCUUUAACAUGAAGCUAAUGAAGCGCGGCCCCGGCACGAAGGAGAACCCCAACCUGAUUCCCUCGGCAUUCGAUGCGCGCAUCAUCGGCUGCAUCUGCGAGCCGGAGGCGCAGCACAUCAAGUGGAUGUGGCUGCACAAGGGCGAGCCGAAGCGCUGCUCCUGCGGCAGCUGGUACAAGCUGCAGGAGACCACGCCCAUCUAACCACCCCGUCGCUUGCAACCACGUGUAGUACGCUUGUACCUAGUGCAUUGGCCGUCUUUAAGAGGUUCCAUUGUGUUGUUUAAUUGUAAAUAAAACUUAUAAACUA